UGCAUCUCCGUUCUUCACUGCCAGCUUAUCACCACAAUUUCGACCAUGACAACCUUAAAGCAACGCGGGAUUCGGAUCGCAAUUGAUCGUGGUGGUACCUUUACCGACUGUGUCGGAGAGAACAAUGGCGAGGAAAUCAUCAUCAAGCUCCUCUCAGAGGACCCUGCCAACUACAAGGACGCCCCGCUCGAAGGAAUUCGUCGCAUCAUGAGCCAUUUCCUUGGCCGAGAUAUUCCUCGAGGCGAGGCCUUGGAUACUUUGCAAAUCGACUCAAUCCGUAUGGGGACGACAGUUGCCACAAAUGCUUUGCUUGAGCGAAAGGGCGAAAAGAUUGUCAUGGUUGUAACAAAAGGCUUCAAGGAUUGCUUGACCAUUGGAAACCAGUCGCGACCCAAGAUUUUCGACCUCGCUAUUAGAAAGCCAGAUGUUCUCUACGAAAAGGUAAUUGAAGUGGAUGAACGUGUCACCCUUGAAGACUACGCCGAGGACCCCGAGAGGACAGUCACUGAGGCCCAAGCUCAAGUCGGAACCAAGGAAGCAGAGGGUAAAGAUCUGGUCCGGGGGAUGUCCGGGGAGACGGUGCGGAUCAUGAAACGGGCAGAAGAAGAAGACAUUCGAACAAAGUUGAAAGAAGUCUAUGAUGGUGGGAUCCGAAGCAUUGCAGUUUGUCUGAUGCAUGGCUACACCUUUCCGGACCACGAGGCUUUGAUUGGAAGGGUCGCAAAAGAUAUUGGUUUUAACCAUAUAUCGUUGAGCCAUGAACUGAUGCCAAUGAUCAAGCUCGUUUCCCGAGCGACUUCGGUUUGUGCUGAUGCAUAUCUCACGCCGGCAAUUCGCAAGUAUAUCGACGGGUUUCAAGCUGGAUUUGAAGGUGGAUUAGGGACUCGGAGCGUCAAGGAAGAAAAAGGAGCAAGAGGGGCUAGGUGUGAAUUCAUGCAGAGCGACGGUGGGCUUGUGGAUGUGGAAAAGUUCACUGGAUUAAAGGCGAUUCUCUCUGGUCCCGCUGGAGGUGUCGUGGGCUACGCAAUGACUUCUUACGACGAGGACACCAAAACCCCAGUCAUUGGUUUUGAUAUGGGCGGCACCAGCACGGAUGUCUCCCGAUAUGGUGAUGGACGAUACGAGCAUGUCUUUGAAACGACCACUGCCGGCGUGACGAUUCAAUCUCCCCAACUGGACAUUAAUACUGUCGCAGCAGGUGGAGGUUCUCGACUAUUCUUUAAAAAUGGUCUCUUUGUGGUAGGACCCGAGUCAGCAGGAGCACACCCAGGACCAGCGUGUUAUCGGAAAGGCGGACCAGCUACGGUCACCGAUGCGAAUGUAUUCCUUGGUCGCAUACUCCCUGAGUUCUUUCCAAAGAUUUUUGGGAAAAAUGAAGAUGAAGGUUUGGAUGUGGAGGCGAGCAGAGAGGUGUUGCAAGUUUUGGCGGACCAAGUCAACCGAGAGACAGGAAAGAACUUGACGGCAGACGAGGUGGCAUAUGGAUUUCUAACGGUCGCCAAUGAAACAAUGACAAGACCAAUUCGAUCGAUAACGGAAGCCAAGGGACACGACACCUCGAAACAUCGGCUUGCUACCUUCGGAGGGGCUGGCGGUCAGCAUGCUGUGGCCAUUGCCGAGUCCCUAGGAAUCCAGCAGAUUCUUGUUCACAGAUACUCCUCUGUCCUUUCUGCCUACGGUAUGGCUCUUGCAGAUGUCGUCGACGAGCGACAAGAACCCGAGUCCAAGGCUUGGAACGAUGAUGUCAAGGUGGUUGGCGAGCUCCAAGAGAAAAUGAAGAAGCUCAAGGACAAAUCACUAGCUUCUCUAAAGGAUCAGGGUUUCCAAGACGAAGAGAUUGUAUUCGAAGAGUAUCUCAACAUGAGAUACCGCGGUACUGAGUCGGCUCUCAUGAUCAUCAAGCCCAGCCAAGAAGAGGCCAAAGCAAGCUUUGGAGGCAAUGACUGGGAUUUUGGAAACGCUUUUGUGAAGCAACAUCGUUAUGAGUUUGGGUUUACAUUGGAUGAUCGGGACAUUAUUAUCGACGAUGUGCGCAUCCGUGGCAUUGGAAAGAGCUUCCGCCAUGACGAGGAGACAGUAGACAAACAACUGAAAGACAUCAAGCGACAGGAAGUGUCCGAAAAGAAACAACACGGUACCCAGCCGGUGUACUUUGAAGGUGGAAGAAAGGAGACGCCCAUUUACAAACUUGAGGAUCUCAACAUUGGGGACACUAUCCAGGGGCCAACCAUUCUCGCUGAUGAUACCCAGACAAUCGUCAUCACACCAAAGGCAAAUGCAGUCAUCUUGAAGACACACGUGGUCAUUAAUCUUAAAAAAGCCAGCACAAAAGACGAGUCACAUCAUAAUUCGGACAGAGAAGUCGAUCCUAUUAUGCUAAGCAUUUUUGGACAUCGCUUUAUGGCUAUUGCCGAACAAAUGGGGCGAGCUUUGCAAAAGACGAGCGUCAGCACCAACGUCAAGGAGCGGCUCGACUUUUCUUGUGCCAUUUUUGAUGCCACGGGUGGACUUGUAGCCAACGCUCCUCAUCUACCCGUUCAUCUAGGUUCAAUGUCCACUUGUGUUCGUCGACAGGCUGAAAUUUGGAAAGGAAAACUAGAGAAGGGGGAUGUCAUCAUUUCCAACCAUCCCUCCUAUGGCGGAACUCACCUGCCAGACGUGACUUUGCUGAUGCCGGCAUUUGAUGAAAAAGGAGAAAACAUCCUCUUCUACGCUGCUUCGAGAGCACAUCAUGCGGAUAUUGGUGGCAUCAGCGCAGGAAGCAUGCCGCCGCAUUCCCGGGAGUUGUUUCAAGAGGGAGCGUCCAUUAUUAGUGAGAAGCUGGUCAGUCAAGGAAAGUUCAACGAGAAACGAGUCGUCGAACUAUUCUACGAUGAACCAGCGCAGUACCCAGGAUGCAGUGGCACGCGCACUCUAGCAGACAACAUCAACGAUUUGAGAGCUCAAGUCUCGGCAAACCAAAAGGGAAUCUCACUUAUCGAGACUCUGAUUGAAGAAUACGGCCAGGAGACGGUUCAAUUCUACAUGGUCAACAUCCAGAAGAAUGCUGAGCAAUGUGUUCGCCGACUUCUCAAGAAAGUCUACAAACAAUUCGAAGGCAAAGAUCUAUCCGCGGUUGACUACAUGGAUGACGGGUCUCCGAUUCGUCUCAAGGUCAAGAUUGAUCCCGAGCUUGGAGAAGCCGAGUUUGAUUUUGAAGGAACCGGACCCGAGGUCUACGGCAACAUCAACGCCCCGCAAGCCAUCACAUACAGUGCCAUCAUUUACUGUUUGCGGUGUCUCAUUUCCGAGGAUAUCCCCCUGAACCAGGGAUGCCUAAGACCAAUCCACGUCAAGAUUCCGCCCAAGUCAAUCCUCUCUCCCUCCCCUGGCGCAGCCGUGGUGGGAGGCAAUGUCCUCACCAGUCAACGCAUCACAGAUGUCAUCUUCAAAGCAUUCCAGGCAUGCGCGGCCAGUCAAGGCUGCUGCAACAAUCUCACCUUUGGGUUUGGAGGAAACCAAAGCGGCAAGCAGGCUGUCAAGGGCUUUGGCUACUACGAAACGAUUGCGGGAGGCAGCGGCGCAGGCCACAACUGGGAGGGCACCAGUGGUGUCCACGUACACAUGACAAACACUCGAAUCACCGAUUCUGAAAUCUUUGAGAGGCGUUAUCCUGUACUUCUCAGGGAGUUUUCCAUUCGCCCAAACUCCGGAGGCCGAGGCCAGCACCGUGGCGGAGACGGAGUCAUCCGUGACAUUGAGUUCCGUAUACCACUCCAAGUGUCCAUUCUCAGCGAGAGACGUGUUUACCACCCAUACGGACUUAACGGAGGUGGGGACGGAGAGUGCGGCCUCAACCUCUGGGUGCGUAAGGUAGAAAAGACAAACUGGGAGACGUCUCUGAAGCGGUUCCACAACGAAGAUGGAGGGGAGACGGAGUAUGAGGAACGUCACAUUAACCUGGGAGCCAAGAACAGCGCAGCAAUGAAGGCAGGUGACAGGAUCAUUGUGUGUACUCCAGGGGGUGGUGGAUGGGGAGCGGAAGGGACCAAGAGUGUGGCGAAGCAUCAGAUCAAUCCGACAGAAGCAUGGCGCAAGGGUAGCGGUGCUGCAAGGGAAGAAGCGGCACUCCAGGCAUAGUUACGGCUUGAUUGGGCCACGGAGUUCCCGGGGGUUGGGAAUGUAGGCAAGCUGUGCGAAGAAUUUAUUCCAGAAUACAACAUGACACAAUCUACCCAAGAAACCGGAACCGUUACGUGAACUACCGGGAGCCUUCCCAAGAUAUUCACCGACCACGGGUACGCGUCUGACGUGCAGAGUGAGAUCAGGCAGGCAGCUUGGAGGGAUAAAUCACUCACGGCUCUUGACUGGUUGAAGCAUCCGUUGAUCAUUGCAGAGCCUCACUGCCACACAAGCUUGCGCGCGGAUUGGCCGACGUGACCUGCCUAGCCGGGAAAUAUCUCCAGUGUCAAUGAUUUGGCCGAGAGUGUAUUAAGGCUGAGUCAGAGGUUGAUUUCCAAACUCUAUGAUUCAGAGUUGACGCACCCUGUCAAGGGAUAGUGGCCGGAGAUGCCGGAUUAGUUGCGGGGGAGACAAUAUGGU